AUCAUUAUUGUUAUUCUAGUGACCCUUUUUGCGCGUUACAACUGUAGUUUGAUCACCUUUUUCCUGUAAAUCUGUUUCUAGAUUUAGGGGAACAGAUAGAAGAAUUGUGGAGGCAUAAGAGAAGAAGCGGUGGAGGUAGACAUUGCUUCCCGCGUUUUCCAUCUGCAAUCCGGAAUUAACUCAUGCGUGCAAGCUAUUCUUUAUAAUCUCAAGUAAUCCCUCUUCAGCCACUACAUUUCUCUUGGUCCUAAACGGUUUUAAUUCUCUUUAAGCUUCUUCAUUUCUCAUCAGCCCCUGGCCUUUACUCUAUCUCUAUCUCACCUUCCUUUUCACGUAUCACUUUCCUCUUUAGUAGUAUAAAUUAAGUUUCAAAACAUCCCCAGUAUCCCCCCAAUCGUAUCAGAUAAUUAUCCAAUCAACAUUAUUGUUUUCUCUCGACUAUCUGCUUUUGCCGUAACCUAUAGACUUAGUCGUCUUCAACCUCGAAACAACUAAAAAGACUCGAUCUUUCGUGUAUAUUCAGUACCCAAUUUGCUGUUUCUUCAACAGUUUCUAUCAAAUCUGAAUUUGGAGGCCAUGGGAAGUCAUAUGAGUAAGAAGCCUGGUGAAAGUUCAUCUGCAAUUAGCAACAUUCAAUUCACGACUGAGCUUAAUUCAUAUGAAGCCGCUUGUAAGAUGGAUGAGGAUUUGCAGUCCUUUGACACAAGUCUCCAUGCUAGAACAAACCAUGUUAUCAGUACUCUUGCUGCUGGCGUAGAAGUUAGGGCCGUCUCAUUUGAUUCUUUAAAGGAAGUCACCGGAUGCCUUCUGGACAUGAACCAGGAGGUUGUUAAGGUUAUCUUGGAGUGCAAGCAGGAUAUCUGGAAGAAUCAAGAAUUGUUUGAGCUUGUGGAGGAGUACUUCGAGAACAGUCUCAAAACUCUGGACUUCUGUGCUGCUUUAGAAAAGUGCCUAAAAAGAGCCAGGGACAGCCAAUUGCUUAUUAUGGUUGCUCUACAGCAAUUUGAAGAGGAGGAUGGAGUUGAAGGGAAUAGGUACAAUAGGACUUUGGAUGAGUUGAAGAACUUCAAGGCUGCCGGUGAUCCUUUCACUGAGGAAUUUUUCGAAAUUUUCCAGUCUGUGUAUAGGCAGCAAAUUCUGAUGCUUGAGAAGCUGCAAAUGCGAAAGAGUAAGCUUGAUAAAAAGCUCAAGUACAUCCAUGCUUGGAGAAAAUUGUCGAGCAUUAUCUUUGUUGCCACAUUUGCUGCUGUUCUUAUAUGUUCAGUCGUGGCUGCUGCUAUGGCUGCUCCUCCUGUUGCGGCCGCUCUUGCCGCUGCUACUUCCAUCCCACUGGGAUCAAUGGGGAAGUGGAUUGAUUCUCUUCUGCAGAGCUAUGAAAAUGCUGUCAAAGGACAGAAGGAGAUCAUCAGCUCAAUCCAUGUGGGCACUUAUGUCACCAUCAAGGAUCUGGACAACAUCCGAGUGCUGAUUGACAGGUUGGAAAUCGAUAUCGAGUCACUCCUGGCAAAUGUUGAUUUUGCUAUUAGUGAAGAUGCUGUGAAGCUUGGCAUAGAAGAGAUCAGGAAGAAGCUGGAUGUAUUUAUGAAGAAUGUCGAGGAUUUAGGGGUGCAAGCUGAUGUUUGCAGCCGGGAUAUUCGCAGGGCCAGGACUGUUGUUCUCCAGAGGAUCAUCAAGAAUCCCAACCAUUGAGUGAAAGAAGUGAGUGCCCAUCUUCAUUGCUACUGCUAUGUUCCCAAUGCGGUUCAACCUUUCGCUGACACGCUGAUGAUUGUCAAUCUUGUUAUUAUGUAUUAUCUAGCCUCUGUCUUUAAAUUCAAACUUGCCUCCUCCGCAAUGCUGAUAAGGGCUAGUGAUUCAUUCAUUAUCAUGUUAAUCUGCUAGAAGUUUGUUGAUUCUUUAUGUAAUUACGGUUCCACAAAGCUCAUUAUUGUGUUUUUCCUCUAGAAUUUGAUGUUUC